AUGGCCACCAGAGUAAUUCCAGCGCGCGGUGGUACUACCGGCCUGCCAAACCAAACUUUAUAUUGUACCAACCUACCGGAUAAGUUACGGAAACAUGACCUUCGACUCUCCCUCUACAUGCUUUUCUCGACCUACGGCACCGUUUUGGAUGUCGUCGCCUUAAAAACCGAAAAAAUGCGUGGUCAAGCUCAUAUUGUUUUCAAAGAUGUCCAGGCCAGUACGCAGGCUAUGCGGGCUCUUCAGGGGUUUGAGUUCUUUGGUAAACAAAUGAAUAUUGUUUAUGCAAGAGGCACAUCGGAUGUUAUUGCCCGGCUCCGCGGGACAUACAAUAUACCAACUACAACUGCUACUGGGCAAACCGCGGGAGCAUCCACAGAGCUCCAGAAAUCGAUAUUCAGCGGCCCCCCAGGAUCAGUGGCAUUGCCAUCAAAACCCAGCAGGGAAGUCAACGGAGAAGCUCAGGCCGGCCAUGGUAUCAAGAGACCACGUGAGGAGGAAAGCGAUGAAGAGGGAGCCCCGAUGGACGAGGAUAGUGAUGUGCCAAUGGAAGCUUCAUCAGAUGAAGACUAA